GUUGCCAAUAUGGUCGCCGGAGCGUGCUCGACGAAGGCAACGACGGGCGCCGACCCUGUGAAGCGCAUCAACCAAGCAAUCGAAACUCUGGACUGGCCAGCCGCGCAGGCUGCCCUCGACGUCAUCGGCAACGACGGCUUUGAGGUCUGCUCGGCGACUGAGGCCGACUGGGACAGCUACGUCGAGUCCGCGGACCAACGGGUGAACCCGCGCUUUUUGGAGUAUCGAAACAAUGCGAUAUAUCUCAUCGAAAUGGGCGGUGGUCUUCACGGCGACAUUGUCGCUGGCAUCAGCGAGGCGAUGCUGGUGGCGACGAGCCCGGAGGCCACGGGGACAAACGCUCGAGUCCUCCGCCUGUACCAUGAAACCCACAUCAACAAGUCCAGCCGGCGUGCGAUCGGCGGACUGCCCAAGCUCGAGCCCGACUGCUGCUGUGGUCCAGCAAGCCACAUCGGCGCCAUCAAGCCGGCCCACCUCCGCUGGAACGAAUUCCAUACGUUCAAGGUGGAGGUCGGCGUCUCCCAAGGCUGGCGAAGCAUGGAUGUCAAGGUCGCGCGAUACUGCGCCUUUCCGGGCAUUCGCUACGUGCUCUGCGUCAUCGUCUCGCCGGACAUGAGCGUCCGCGAGUACAAGCUUUUCGCAAUCACCAACGACGAGCUGGAGGGGCCUGCCCCAGACCUCGUGCCUCCGACUCCGAUCACGGCCGCUACGCGCAUCGUGCUGGAUGGUCGUCGGCUCUUGGCGCUGCCGAACAACACGGCCCUUCCCGGGCGCUUUCCCGCCGAGGUGUCUUUCACUUUGCAACCGAUCUUGGACGCUGCUUCGAUCCAUGAUACCGAGUGACCUCGUCUCGUCUUGGUCCCGACUCUGCGCUCAUGCCACCGCUCCAUUUUGCUGUCAUCAAAAUAACAUCCAUUUCGCUUUGUUCAGGCGCAACUACUAUCCUCACGUGUCGGUACCAGCAGGGCUGUCAAGUCGAUGCUGCCGCAUCGUCUCAACCUUCUCGUGCUUCGUGUACAUAUAGAUAUACAAGCGCCAUGUUGUGUUGUCCAUAGAACUAUCAAGUUGAUAUCUAU